AUGGUCGUCGGCUGCAACUGUGCAGUGGCUGUGGUUGAGGACGAGAAAGUUGACGACGCAAGAACUGCAGUGCAUGCCAUCAUCGUCUCAAUUGAACUGCAGAGGAGAAUGCAUCACGUAGAUCCGCGCAUAAUACGAAGUAGCUGGCUGCCUAUUCAAAAUACAUCUGGGCCAGAUUUUGCAUCGUUGCACGCUUCACAAUUUCAUACCAUUGGAGCUGUUAAAAUGCCAAGCAAGACAAUCGACUCAAUUAGAAAUCUCAGGUUGUCUUCGGUAGGUGCUAUGAGCUUAAAAGCUCUGCGGCGACUGAAGAAUGACGACGAGCACAGUCUCAUUUGCGAAUGCGGAAAUCCGACGCAGAUGUACUUUGCACCGUAUCAACAUUCAAUCUUUUAA